CAUAUUUUCAGGGUUAAAGAGAAGCGCGGCGCGCCUCCGCCUUGCCAUCGAUCGAUUCGCUGGCUUGGCCCCGUGAGUGAGAAGAAGAAUCACUAGAGAUGGGUUUCAAGGGGACGAAGCAGGAGAAGAAGGAGAUCUAUGACAGGAAAAUGGUCGACCUGCUGGAGAACUACACCAAGGCGCUGAUUUGCGCGGCCGACAAUGUGGGCUCGACUCAGCUGCAGCAAAUCCGCAGGGGACUGAGGCCGGAAUCGGUGGUACUCAUGGGUAAGAACACUCUGAUGAAGCGAACGAUCAGGACUUACGCGGAGAGGAGCGGCAACAUGGCUGUUCUUAGUCUCAUGCCUCUCUUGGUGGGAAACGUUGGACUGAUCUUUACCAAGGGCGAUCUCAAAGAAGUUCGUGAGGAAGUCGCCAAGUACAAGGUCGGAGCGCCAGCUCGUGUCGGGCUUGUAGCACCGAUUGACGUGACUAUUCCUCCUGGAAGCACUGGUCUUGAUCCAUCGCAGACAUCUUUCUUCCAGGUUCUCAACAUUCCCACCAAGAUUAACAAGGGAACUGUCGAGAUCGUCUCGUCCGUGGAGCUCAUCAAAAAGGGGGAGAAAGUUGGCUCCUCGGAGGCAGCUCUGCUCGCAAAGCUGGGCAUCAGGCCAUUCUCUUACGGGCUUGUUGUCCAGAUGGUCUACGACGAUGGCUCCGUCUUUGAUCCCGCAGUGCUGGAUCUCACCGAGGACGACCUCGUCGGUCGAUUUGCCACUGGUGUCUCGGCGGUGGCAGCAUUGUCAUUGGCUAUCGGCUAUCCAACUCUGGCAGCAGCAACGCACUACUUCCUCAACUCUUACAAGAACGUUCUUGCUGUCGCUCUGGCGACUGAUUACUCGUAUCCACAUGCCGAGACUGCCAAGGAGUAUCUCAAGGAUCCCAGUAAGUUUGCUGUCGCUGCUGCUCCUGCUGCUAGUGAAACUCCGGCUGAUGCUGCUGGCGGUGGCAAGGUUGAGGAAGAAAAGAAAGUGGAGCCGGAAGAAGAAUCUGAUGAUGAUAUGGGCCUCAGUCUCUUCGACUAAUUCUCCUCUCGAAUCUGUCGUUUCUUUUUUUUUUGUUGGAGAGAAACGGCGAUCCGUGUUUCUUACUGAUGACGGGGGCUUUCCGGGUAGAAAAUUUUGUGGUGACUGUGAUUGGAGAGGACUGAGAGAAAGGAUGAAGCGCUCGCCAAGAAGGUCUUCGAUUCGAUGCCCCAGCGAGAACGCGGACUUUAGCCACUGGAAAAUCAAACCAAAUUUUUACUUUGCCAUGUAUAAAAAGUGUUUUGUUA